AUGGAGGAGGCGCAGCGGCUGCUGACCGUCUCGGUGUGGAAGCUCUACCGCUGCCGGUUGCAGCGCGGCGGCCUCCGCCUCCACCGGAGCCUUCAGCUCUCGCUGCUCGUCCGCGCCGCCCGGCACCGAUACCUGACCGCCCGCGCCGCCGCCGAGCCGGGAUCCGCCGUCGGGACCCCCCCGGGGACGGCAUCGGGGGACCCGCACCGGCACCCGCCCUGCUUACCGGCCGCGGACCGGGGGGUCCCCCCGAGUGCUCCGACCGGGGACCCCCGCAGCGCCCCGGACCCCCGCAGCGCCCCGGACCGGGGGCUCCCGUCGAGCCCGGACCCCCGCAGCGCCCCGGACCGGGGGGUCCCACCGAGCCCGGACCCCCGCAGCGCCCCGGACCGGGGGCUCCCGUCGAGCCCGGACCCCCGCACCGCCCCGGACCGGGGGCUCCCGUCGAGCCCGGACCCCCGCAGCGCCCCGGACCCCCCGCACCGCCCCGGACCGGGGGGUCCCGUCGAGCCCCGACCCCCCGCACCGCCCCGGACCCUGCGAACCGGGACCAGCCCCAGGACGCCCCGAGCCGCCCCGGCGGCGCGGGCCGGGCGCAAGCGGCGGAGCAGCGGCUCGGCCGGGCCCGGGCCGGUGCCGGUACCGAGCAAACGGGCGCGGCUGGAGGCGGAGGAGCCGCCGCUCGCCCCGGGGCCGCCCGGGCGCUGCUCGGGGCCGCCCGCCGCCGCCUUCGGCCUCCUGGUCCGCGCCGUCGGGGCGUGCUGA